AUGGCAAGCAACACGGCGCUACGCGGAUUCCGCUCCUUAACGUCGACUAUCUGCACAUCAUGCCGCCGCACACAACCUCUCCGGCCCUUCUCCCAGUCCACCAAGAAGACGCUCGCAGCCCCCUCGGACCGCAAGAAUGACAAACCCGAACACACGCUCGACUCUUUGAUGAGCUCAGUCGACCAGAACUUCCGUCGCGCAUCUCCAGAAUUUUAUUCCAACUUGAUACCCGGCGCUUCUCCCUCCGCCCUUCGCAAUCUGACCAUGAAAGACUGGGAGGAAGACGACCUCCACAAACUCCACAUCUACGCGACGAAACACAACACGCACCUCACACUCUCAAAGCCCAACCGCGACGCCCUCAUCUCCGUGUCUUGCGGCAACAUUGGUUUCCGGAAAGCGGGACGGGGGACGUACGAUGCAGGGUAUCAGCUGGCUGCUUUCGUGAUGAGUAGGGUCAUUGACAAGGGCUUGCUGCCGCAGAUCAAAAAGCUGGAGUUGAUUUAUCGGGGAUUUGGGCCAGGGAGGGAGGCGGUUACAAAGGCAAUUCUAGGGUCCGAGGGCAAGCGGAUUCGCCCGUUGAUUGUCAAGCUGUCAGAUUCUACCAGGCUAAAGUUUGGCGGUGUGAGGAGUAAGAAACCAAGGAGACUGGGUUAG